UUUCGUUUAUCCACUGUUUUAAUUUGUUUGGCCUUAUUUAAACACACACGCUGAUAUGAUACGAGGCAACCCAGACACUUUGAGUACAGCAGUGUAUUAAAGGGAAACGGUGAUAGCAAUGACAAACUAUCAACUGUUAUAUUUUCCCCUCAGAGGGCGUGGCCAAGCAACCAGGUACUUCUUUGUGGAUAAUGGAAUUGACUUUAAAGAAGUUAAUAUUAGACAGGACUGGGCCAAAACAUAUAAACCACAGAUGCCAUUUGGUCAAUCGCCUUUAUUGAAAGAUGGCGACUUUGAAGUGGCUCAGUCAAGCUCUAUUUUUCGGUAUCUUGGAAGAAAACAUGGAUUGUACCCUGAUGAUAUAAAAGAAGCAGCCAAAGUUGACAUGAUCACGGAUCACGUGGAGGACAUCAGGGGCCCCUAUAUUAGAAUGAUCUAUCAAAGUUACGAUACUGCAAAAGAUGAGUACGUGAAAACUGCUAUCGAGAAGCUUGGAUAUGUGGAAAACCUGUUUAAAAAGUGGGGAACCGAAUACAUUACAUCAAAGAUAUCGUUUGCCGAUUACAACCUGUUUGAUAUACUAGAUGAUCAUGUUAUAUUGUCCCCUACUUGCCUAGACACAUUCCCUACCCUCAAAGCAUACUACGAUCGCAUGGCUUCACGACCUAACUUAAAGAAACAUCGGUCAACGGAGCAAUUUAAGAAGAUGCCUAUUAAUGGAAACGGGAAACAGUAAUUAUACUGGAAGUGACAUCAAUAUGGCAAUGAUAUCUGGACAAAAUAAAUUUUGCUAGAACAGGAUAAUUUACAAACUGGAUAUCCUAGUCAUCAGUUUAUAGCAAUGAAAAGAAAAGUUUUUUAUUAAAGAAUUAUCGUUUACUCUUGAAAAAUUCAAAUGAUUUGAAAAAAGUCACAUUCAGUUGAAUACAUUUGUAUAUAUUAAAUAAUCAUCUUCA